UAAUCGAGGAGGGGGAGAGAGACGCCUCCUUCCUUGCCAAGGGGGGCUGCGAAGGAACCCAGGGGGCGAGCCAGGCGGAGAGGACAGCCGCCCUCGGCCUGGUGGGCCAGGUAACCUCGCCCAAAACCAGCAUGGUGGCCAGUAUGGUCCUCCGCGUUGCCUUGAGUCUGGUGGGCUGGCUCUCCCUCUACACGUGGUCUUACCGUCGGCACAAGGACCGGACCUGUGAAUGGAGCUGCCGACUGGUCACUCUGACUCAUGGGGUCCUCGCCACUUGCCUCUCUGGCUACAUCGGCUUCAUUGAUGGUCCUUGGCCAAUGUCUUAUCCAGGGUCCCCAAACACCACCCUCCAGGUCCAUGCCUUGUGCAUGAGCUUGGGCUACUUCCUCUUCGACCUCGGUUGGUGUGUCUACUUCAAGGCGGAAGGAGCCUUGAUGUUGGCCCAUCAUACUGUCAGCAUCUUAGGGAUCACUGUGUCUCUUGCUCUGGGAGAAUCUGCUGCAGAAGUCAACGGCGUCAUCUUCGGUAGCGAGAUCACCAACCCGCUCCUGCAGGCCCGGUGGUUCCUCCGGCAGGUGGGCCUCUACCACACGCUCAUCGGGGACGUGGUGGACUUCUUCUUCGUGGUGCUCUUUGCAGGGGUCAGGAUUGGAGUCGGGGCUUGGCUGAUGUACUGCGUCUUGACCUCUCCGAAACCCAAGUGGUUCAUCAAGGCAGGAGGCGUGAUCAUGUACGCCGUGUCUUGUGUUUUUUUGGUCAGCAUCUGCCAAUUCGUCCGGAGGAAAAGCAUAAGGAAGUACCACGCCUGGAGGAGUUGGUGGAACAAAGAAAUGAACUUGAGUGCCAACGGAUACCUGAAAGAGCAUUGACCCCAACCCAGCCCAAGUCUGUCUCAAUGAUCUGGCAUUGAAAGUUACCCAGGGCUUGUCUCAUGAGGCGAUGUUUGAGAGAAGAACCAUAUUGGGAUGAAGAUCGAGUUUUGCUGGGCUGUUGGGUUCUAAGUGGAGAGACCCGCGUUCAAAUCCGUGACGUUCACUAUAAGCUAGCCAUAUUCUCCCAGCCUAACCUACCUCACAGGGUUGUUGUGAGGACAAAAUGAGAUACCUCCCACUCAUGUAGGACUGAGAUGUUUGGAAGAUGUGUAGGACACAAAGACAAUGGGUAGGUGGGCACAAAUCCUGUUCCUUUUCUAACACCAGGAAUAUUUACACUGGGGAAACCAUUAUGGGCAUGUGCUAUAGGCCAAACACAUUCAACAGGAUGAAAAACUAGUUUACAAAAUGAUCAGACUCCUUCUUUGGAGGCUUUUAAACAGAGGCUGGAUGGCCAUCUGUGGGGAGUGUUUUGUGCUUUUCCUGCAUGGCAGAAUGGAGUUGGACUAGAUGACCUGUGUGGUCUCUUCCAAAUCUAAUAUUCUAUUAAAAAGUUUGCCAUUUCCUCCUCCAGCACUGCCAUAACCUUAAGAGGAGUCAACAAGCAACAAGAUUUUAGUGAUCCAGCUCACUAUCUGUUUUCUGUUCCAAUAAUGGAAGUUCACAAUACAGUAGAAUCUCACUUAUCCAACAUAAAAGGGCCGGUAGAACGUUGGAUAAACAAAUAUAAUAAUGAGAGAUUAAGGAGAAGCCUAUUAGACAUCAAAUUAGGUUAUGAUUUUACAAAUUAAGCACCAAAACAUCAUGUUUAACAACAAAUUUGACAGAAAAAGUAGUUCAAUAGGCAGUAAUGCUAUGUAGUAAUUACUGUAUUUACAAAUUUAGCACCAAAAUAUCACAAUGUAUUGAAAACAUUGACUACAAAAAAUGUGCUGGAUAAUCCAGAACGUUGGAUAAGCAGAUGUUGGAUAAGUGAGUACUAUACUUUCAAAGAGGAAUGGAAGUAUUUCAGGAAGUUGUUCUGGUCCAUGAGCCAUUCGAUUCCAGCCAUAUGCAAGUUUCCCCAAAGCUAUGCAAAGAUAGAGAUGAUAAUGAUGAUUUUUAUUUCGUGUCAGGAGCAAAUUGAGAAACUGCAAGUCGCUUCUGGUGUGAGAGAAUUGGCCGUCUGCAAGGACGUUGCCCAGGGGACAUUGCCCGGAUGUUUUGAUGUUUUUACCAUCCUUGGGGAGUUCUUUCAUGUCCCCACAUGGAGCUGGAGCUGUUAGAGGGAGCUCAUCCACACUUUCCCUGGGUUGGAUUCAAACCGGCAACCUUCAGGUCAGCAAGCCAACGUUGAAGUCAUCAGUCUUGCCAGCACAAGGGGUUAACCCACUGUGCCACCGUGGGCUCCUUAUGAUGAUGAUAAUGACAAUAAGUAAUAAUAAAUAAUAAUAAACUUUAUUUGUAUACUA